GUAGAAGUUGUUGUUGUUGGUAGUAGUGGUGGUGGUGGUGGUGGUUUUUUCCCUUGGCAAUAGAUUUUUUUAUUAUUUUUGGAAAUGGCCAAUGAAACGGUAUGGGUAUUUGCUUAUGGAUCAUUAAUUUGGAAUCCUGGUUUUGAAUAUAAAAAUGUAAUCGUUGGCUAUAUCAGUGGAUAUUCAAGAAGAUUUUAUCAAGGUAGUGAUCAACAUCGUGGUUCACCUGAAUCGCUUGGUCGUGUGGCCACUUUGGUCGAAGAUGAACAAGGUUUCACCUGGGGAUUAGCCUAUUUGAUUGCAGAUGACCAAAAAGCAUUAGAAUAUUUAAAACAACGUGAAUCCAGUAUCGGUGGUUAUACAACGAUAAUGACAAAAUUUUAUCCAAAAGAUUCACGAAUCAAAGAAUCAAUACAGACCUUGGUUUAUAUUGCAUUACCAUGUAAUCGAUUAUUUCUUGGCCAUAGCCCACAAAUAGCCGCCGAUAUUGCUCAAUCAAAAGGAUUUUGUGGCCAUAAUGUUGAAUAUCUAUCAAAAUUGGUUGCAUUCAUGAAAAUUGAAUUGCCCAAUAUUGUUGAUGAACAUCUACAACAAUUAGAAUCAGAAGUGAAACAAAUUUUACAACAAAAUAAUCCAAAUUUACUAAACUAUUUUACCGAUGCAAUCAAUUCAUGGCUAAAUAGUGAUAUAUUAAGUUUAAUGGAAGAUAUAAAUGAUUCAUUCAAGAUGACCAUUAAACCAUCAUUCAUCAAUAGACAAAUGAUUGACAAUGUGCCUAAAAAACAACAAUUACGUUGUAUGAUUAAGUAUUGAUUUAGGAAAUUUAUUUUUCUUCGUAUACGAAUUCAUUUAUGU